ACUUAGUAUGUCAUGCGUUGCUAUGAAGGUGGUUCAGACCAUCAUAUACACUGACAUUUGCUCUACUCUCUACAUAUCAACCUCAAUGUCGCACAUGUAAACGCACGACCACCAUGGCCCUCACACACCUCUUCAACAAAUUCUCCAUCCUCCCACGCAUCUUCCAACCAACAACCGACGCCCUCUUCUCCACCCUUCCGUUCACCCACCGCUGGCGUCUCCUCCUCCUCCAACCCAUCAACAUCCUCUGCCUUCUCCUCACAGCACCCACAUUUCUCUUCAAGACUUCCUACACAGUGAGCUACAUCCCAACCCGCAGUGGCCCAAAACGAUGCCUCGUCUUCCAACCACCACGUGCAUCCAACGACACCACCCUACGACCGCUGCACGUCGACUUCCACGGCGGCGGCUUCAUCGGCGGAUUCCCCGAGCAGGGGGUGCGAUGGUGUACUUUGCUGGCGGAGAGGACGGGAGCGGUGGUUGUGAGUGGGUCUUAUCGACUUGCGCCACGACAUAUCUAUCCCGCAGCACAGGAGGAUGUUGAUGAUAUCGUGUCCUACCUGCUCGCUCACGCUGAAGAACUUGGGGCUGAUAAGGAUCUGUUGACGCUGGGUGGGAGUUCAGUGGGUGGCACGCUUACACUGGGGACUUGCCAGCUCUUACCACCGGGUACAGUGAAGGCGUGGUUGGGCUCCUGUGCUCCCGUUGACUUACGACUGCGGCCCAGGGAUAAGAUAAGGCCAGAGGGUUUUCCGGAACAUGACCCGUUGGGUUUUCUGGAGCCGUUGUAUGAUGUGUAUGCUGGCACGGAGAGGGAGAAGAAUAGAGAGGAUGGGAGAUGUCAUCCUAUCCUUGCGAGAAGGGAGGGUUUGCCUAGGAAUAUGCUGUUUGUUUGUGCAGGGGUUGAUAUUUUGUUGCAUGAGCAGAUGAGUAUGGUUGAGAGACUGGAGAGGGAACGAAAUGAAGGCGACGGGCAGAGUGUGGAGGUUAUGGUUGUGGAGAAGGGGUUUCACGGGUUCACUGAGUUGCCAUCGUGGAUCAUGGAGAAGGAGAGAGUGGAAGUUUUCGAGAAAGCAAUUGGUUUCGGGAGGAUGGUGCACAGGAAGCACGGCUUCGACUUCGAGGAUCAGAAGCAGCGAAUUCGCUGACAUGCGAGUACGGUUCAUUUGUUCGUUCGGUGAUGGAGUACCCCUUCAAACGAUGAGUAUGUAUGCAGAAUCCACGCACAUGUCUCCGCUCGAUCACUGCAUAAUUGCUCUGGCGUCCCAGACCAUAACUCUCUCAUCCCACCCUGUACUAGCGCACCAUCCCUCGGCUCCAAACAGACACC